AUGAUUCCAAGCGAUAGUGUUUUGCAGUUGGGCACGAAUUUAAAUAACAAUGCAACAAUUUCUCCGUAUUCAAAUUGUGGUGUCAUACAUUCAGAAUUUGGAAGUGGUGUUCAAAAUGGAUAUCGAGUCCCUCUACAACCUCCAAAUAACCCGGAUGCGCUUGAGAACACUCGUUUGACAAUUCGUCAUAAGCUUUCUGAACACCUUAGUCAGCAUGCCAAAGGCUUUGCGGAUUCUUUAGUUUCUGCUACAUCCGUAUGUAGUGACCUCUCCAAUGAAAUUGACAAAAUGCUAGCUUCUGUUUCAAUCCAUAGUUCGGCAAUUAAGGAAACGAAAUCCAAGAUUCCGCAAAAGCAAAACACCCCUAAAGCUCCGCCUCUUCCUCCAUGGAUUUCUCCAAUCAUUCCCACUGACACCUUCACUCCUCCUGUUCAGCCCCGACUUAAACUUUCGAUUUCAUCAAAUGACGAAGGUCUCGCUCUUCAGUGGGAACUAGACGAGUGUUCUAGGUCAUUGGAAUUUCAGCCUGCGAUCACUUACGAACUAUUUAGCUGCGCGUGUCCAAGUGGAACUUCCUCGAGUGAUAGUUCUAUCAGCGUGUGGCAAAAGAUCAGUGAUAUUCAGGCUUUACCACUUCCGAUGACAUGUACCCUCGAUAAUGUCGCCUCGAACAACGUUUUCUUCUUCGCUAUUCGUUCGAAGGACAGUCUGGGCCGGCUUAGUGAUUGGUCUAAUGUCGUGAACGCACUUGUCUGUUGA